UAGUCUCAAGGCUGACCCAGCCAUCACCAUCUCUAAUAUUGUGUUCUUGGGGUGUGUGGGUUGUGGGUGUGUUGUUGCAGUAGCAGUAGUGUGUUGCUGUCAAUUUUAUCAUUGAAACUGUCACCUUCAUUGUUAAGCAACAUGAUUUACAUGAAAGAAUUGGAACAGGAGCCUUUUGAUCCUGAAGCUUUUGUUGAACGAUUAGCAAAGAGAACCAUGCAAGUUUCAGUGAGAGAUAGCAACAAAGAGUUACUAGAUCCAAUCGCACUGCAAGAAACAUUCCUACAAGCCAUUAAAGAUUUACAGAUGCUACAGGAGAGACAAUACCGUAAAUGUGGACGAUUGGAACAACAGUGCCAGGAAGAAGAACAUGGGCACUGUCAAGAAAUCGCUCAACUUCAAGACAAAAAUAAGGCUGCUGUUGGAAUGUUCCAAGGACUAGACGAGAGAAUUAAUAAUGUUGCAACAAAAGUUAUUCACCUGGGAGAUCAACUGGAAAGUGUGAAUACCCCACGGUCUCGUGCUGUUGAAGCCCAGAGGUUGAUGUCACAUUUUGCUGAGUUUCUAUCUCCUGGACCUAUCACAUUAGACAUAUUCUUAGACAAAUCCCAGAUUGAUGAGGCUGCAGAUAUUAUACAGAAACUUCAUCUCAUAGCCCAAGAGCUGCCCUCUGAUAAAUUUGAGAAUGCUAAGAAGAAAAUUUCAGGAAAGUAUGAUGAAAUAGAGAAGCUAUUGAUUGAAGAGUUUGUUGUUGCACAUAAACAAGAAGACAUUGCCCGAAUGAAAGAGAUUGCCUCCAUUCUUUCACAUUUUAAAGGUUACACUCAAUGUGUUGAUGCUUUCAUUGAGCAGAGUCAAGAACGUGCAUUUGUUGGAAAAAAUGUGUUUCAAAAUGUUAUACCUUUAUGUCGAAGAAACUAUGACAUAAUGAAAGAGGUUUUUUCAAACCCUGAGCAAGUGAUGGCAAAGUUUAUUCUCAAUAUUUACCAUGGAAAACUGCAGGAUCACAUUGUCAGCAGGCUGACAGACAAAAGUAAUACUAAUUUAUAUUUAGAAAAUCUUCAUGACUUGUAUUCAAGAACAGUACAGCUCUCAAAUGACUUAAUGAUGUUUGAGAUGGGUAAUGAUGAAAUGUACCUCACUAAACUUACCCAAAAUAUAUUUCAGAAGUAUUUAGAAAAUUAUAUUGGAAAUGAACUUAGAAAUCUCAAGGAAUGUAGUGUUGCUGCUAUUCAGAAGUUUUAUGAUAGUAAGAGUCAUCAUAAGCGCCAGAUUCAAACUGGGGGAUUUCAAGAUUUACGCAGAGAUUUACAAGCAGUGAUUGGAACAAGGGCCAACAUAAACAUUGCACAAAUUGAUGAUUAUGGUGGAGAAACCUUCCUAUCUAUGGAAGUGGCAAAGUCUCUAAUCCAAACAGGCAAACAAGCAUUUAAACGGUGCACUGUUCUGUCAAAACAAACUGAUCAACCAGCCCACGCACAGCUUAUCUUUGAUGUCCUCCUCAAUCAGUUGUUGGCUGAUUAUGUUGAUUAUGCUUUGGAGCUUGGCCUGCAAGCUGUGCCUAUUCCAGAGAACAAGACUCAGCCUCAACUAUAUUUCCUUCAAGUAGCAAGCCAAACAAAUGAGAUAGUUCAUUAUCUUGAAAUGGAAACAGUUCAGAGUUUAAUGCCAAUUAUCAUGUCAACACCAAAACAAGCUGAAUGCCUUCAUAAGAAAAGGCAAAUGCUAGAACAGAUUGAAUCCAAGCUAGAUACUGGCUUAGACAGAACACUCAGUGCAAUUGUUGGAUGGGUAAAAAUUUAUCUCCAAACUGAACAGAAAAAAACUGAUUUCAAACCAGAGGCUGAUCUUGACACUAUGGCUUCCCCUGCAUGCAUGGCUGUUGUGCAGUACUUAAGCAGCACCAUAAAGCGCAUUAAAUCAUCUUUAGAUGGUAAAAAUGCAGAGUGUGUCUUGUUGGAAUUGGGUAUUCGUCUUCAUAGGGUUGUUUACGAGCACUUGCAGCAGUUUCAGUUUAAUUCUAUUGGUGCCAUGAUAGCCAUCAUGGAUGUAAAUGAGUAUCGUAAAUGUGUAAAAGAACUUCAUAUUCCAUUAAUUGAUACUUUAUUUGAUACUCUGCAUGCUCUUUGUAAUUUGCUGCUUGUUAAACCAGAAAACCUGAAACAAGUGUGUUCUGGUGAAACAUUGGCGGGUUUGGACAACUCCAUACUGGUAAAUUUUAUACAACUUCGUACGGAUUACAAGACUCAAAAGCUUGCAACAUCUUUAAAAGGACUGGUUACUUGAGUGUACAAAAUUAAGAAUGCGGGUCAAAAAUAAACAAUUUGUUCUAGA